GCAACUCGCAGACACUAAUGUGACCCCAAAGCAGACUGUUAAGGCCAGUGCUUUGGGGAAAGCCGGAAUCAAACCCAAGAGCUUCAUUCAGAAAAACAGCAUGGACAAAAAGAAUGACAAGUCCUACGAAAAUAAACUUAGGGAAAGCCAGUCCUCUGAGAAGCCAGAGGGAGUAUCUAUUCCAAACGGUGUGGUAACCAAUAAUUCCAGUUAUAUCACUAAUGGCUACGUAGGCAAAGGGGCAGACAACGAUGGCAGUGGCUCCGAGAGUGGAUAUACGACGCCCAAGAAACGGAAAGGCAGGCGCAACAGUGCCAAAGGCUGUGAGAACUUGAACCUAGUACAGGACAAAAUAAUGCAACAGGAGGUCAAUACCCCAACCUUAAAACAGGACCUUGAGAGUUUCAAGCCUGAUUAUAGCGAACAAAAGGGGACCCGAAUUGAAAAUACGAAGCCCGUUUGGAAAUACGAGGCUGGGGCUGGUGGAGCAGGCCGGGGAAAGCCUGGGCUUGGGGAUGUGCAGCGAAAAAACUCUGAUGCCAAACCUGGAAUUAGCAGCAAGAAGUUCGAUGACCGGCCCAAAGGGAAACAUGCCUCGUCUGCUACGUCUAAAGAGGACUCAUGGACCUUAUUUAAACCACCCCCGGUUUUCCCAGUGGACAAUAGCAGUGCUAAAAUUGUUCCUAAAAUAAGUUAUGCAAGUAAAGUUAAAGAAAACCUCAACAAAGCAGCCCAAACCCCAUCCACGUCUUCAUCAUCGUCUUCGUCAUCUGCUGGGGAAGUUCAGGCCCAAACGUCAAGUCGACUCUCCCAAGUUCCUAUGUCUGCUAUGAAAUCUGUUACUUCUGCUAGCUUUUCAAAUGGGCCAAUUUUAGCAGGGACUGAUGGCAACGUGUAUUCUCCAGGGACCCAGCCACUGCUCACAACUGCUGCUAGUACUGUAACAUCAACCUCUUCUGAGUCAGUACCCCAGGACAUCAGUACAACUUCAACAGCUCUUGAACAAAAGAAAUCUAGCCUUUUUAUCUACCCUUCAAAUAUGCAAACUGUGCUUCUGGGUACAGCACAAGUCGAUUUCCCAUCGCAGACAAAUCAGCAGAACCUGGGAGAUAUCUUCCAGAAUCAGUGGGGCUUGUCGUUCAUAAAUGAGCCCAGUGCUGGCCCUGAAACUGUUGUGGGGAAAUCUGCAGAUAAUCAGUUAAUGGAAGUGACAUUUCAAGGGGAAUAUCCUGCCGCUUUGGUUUCGCAGUGUGCUGAAAUCAUUCCCUCAGGAACUGAACAACCUGUGUUUCCUAAGGCUUACGAGCUGGAUAAACGGACUAGCCCUCAAAUUCUUAGUGCUAUUCUUAAGCCUGGGACUGCUCUUGAGGGUGGUGUCUUAGCCUUGGAGUCACAUCACACAGGUGACCUACAAAAGGCAGACACCGGUAGCCAAGGUGCUUUAGUGUUUCUUUCAAAAGACUAUGAAAUAGAGAAUCCUCUGGCCUCCCCCACGAACAAUUUGUUAGCCUCCGCCAAAGAACAGAGGUACCAGAGAGGCCUAGAAAGGAAAGAUAGCUGGGGUUCUUUUGACCUGAGGGCUGCUAUUAUAUAUCACACUAAAGAAAUGGAAUCAGUUUGGAAUUUGCAGAAGCAAGAUCCCAAAAGGAUAAUCACUUACGAUGAAGCCAUGGAUCGCCCGGAUCAAUGAAGAGUGAAUGCAAGUGAUUAACGAAUACAGACUCGAUUUACAAGCCCAGUUCUAAAGUUCCUGCUGUCGUCUACACGGGCAACAGCAACCCACUGGAGAGGCAUUUCCACUUGACAAGGUUUCUGUUUCUUGUUCUGUGACUGUAGUGAUACACUAAUCAUAGGGAAAUCAGGAUGAUUCACCAUCCUUCAUCUCCCCUUUCCCUUCCAUCUUCCCUUGGUUUUGUUUUUUCUUCAUUUUUUCUGUUUUAUUUUACAUUGAAUG